CCCGGAUUUUGUUUUUUUUUUUCCCUCACCGCGCACGAGCCUUUUAAGCGCUGCGCGAGACCCAAACCGUUAGAGCGCGCGCAGGCUGAACAUCAGCAGCAACCUUGAGAGAAAACCGCUGUCUCAUUUACAUACAGGCUUACAUUUGGGCCCAAGAAGCUAUCUCAGCUCCAUCAUGACUGAGCGCUUCAACUGCUUCUACUGCAGAGACGACCUGCAUGGCAAGAAGUACAUCCAAAAGGACGAGAAGCACGUGUGCGUGCGCUGCUUUGACAAGCUGUGCGCCAACACCUGUGCAGAAUGCCGUCGACCCAUAGGAGCUGAUUCUAAGGAGCUGACCCACAAGAACCGCCACUGGCAUGAGGACUGCUUCCGUUGUGCCAAGUGCUACAAGCCGCUGGCCAACGAGCCUUUUGCAGCUAAAGAUGAUGGCAAGAUCAUGUGCGGGAAGUGUGGCGCUCGCGAGGACUCGCCCCGUUGCCAGGGCUGCUUCAAAGUCAUCAUGCCUGGGUCUCAAAACGUGGAGUACAAACAUAAAGUGUGGCACGAGGAGUGCUUCAUCUGCUUCGAGUGCAAGCAGCCGAUCCGUUCUCAGAGUUUCCUGACCAAGGGGGACGAAUUUUACUGCGGCACAUGCCACGAGAAGAAGUUCGCCAAGAACUGUGCCCGCUGCAAGGAGCCCAUCACCUCUGGUGGAAUCAAUUAUCAGGAUAAACCGUGGCACUCUGAAUGCUUUGUGUGCCACACCUGCAAGAAGCCACUGGGUGGCGCUCGCUUCACUGCUCACGAGGAUGACUUCUACUGUGUGGACUGCUACAAGACCUCUGUGGCCAAGAAGUGCUCUGGAUGCCAAAAUCCUAUCACCGGAUUUGGCAGAGGGACUAAUGUGGUGAACUACGAGAACCACACUUGGCAUGAGUACUGCUUUAACUGUAAGAAGUGCUCUCUGUCCCUGGCCCACAAGCGCUUCGUCAUGCAGGAAGAGAACAUCUACUGCCCCGACUGUGCCAAAAAGCUGUGAGACUGAAGUUGCUCUUUUCAGAUUACAUUUAAAGAAAGAUUGACACAUUAUACCGGUGGUAAUCGAUUCAUUAUCAGUGUUUUUUUGCUCUUUAAAUGGUGAAACAAUAAGCAAACAAACUAAUCAAACAAAGAAAAAGUACUGACUUGCAAAUGUUUUAGUGAUGAGAUACAAGUAGCAAUAGUGAGUGGUGUGUAAUUACUGCAGACACAUUUAUAGUCACAAUAAAUACGCAUUUAAACGUUUAUAUUGUUAUCAUAACUUCACAGCUAAACAUGAGUCUCUGGUGAGCGUUAAUGCUAAGCAAUUAUUUCAUGUUAAUAUUUCAUUUUCACGAUGUUAAUUCAGGCUUUACUGGAAGAUUUCUCGUCAUCGAACUUUAAAGGAAAAUGUAUUUUGUCUGUUUUAGCGCAACACCUGAGUAUUGUGAGUUUUUUUGGAUUUAUGACGUGUGUGACACACAUUUAACAUGAAUCUUUUGGCAUGCAACAAUGUUAGUAUAUACUUUAUUCAUGGCAUUUCGGGUGAAGUGACAUUGAAUCUGAACAAUAAAUUUCAAGCUUCGUCUAAA